GUCUGCGUGUUAUACCUGUGUGACUACCAAAAUGUUCACACUCGGCAUAUUUCGUCAGCUAACUCUUCCACUUCGUCCAAUCGGAAGUCUAAGUUCCGGGCGCUGCGAGUAGCUAGCUAUGCGGAAGUCCGCCAGUUACCUUCUGUUGACGGAAGUGAGUGGUUCAAUGCACUGAUUUAGUGCGUAGUGUUUGUUUCCCAUCUGACAGUGAGCGUGUCCGUAUUUACACGUGUGGUGUGUUUAAAGAGUGGUUUCUCUUAUCUAAUCAUUUUAUUUUUGGAAGAGUUCAGAUGCUUUGUUAAACGUGCCUCAGGUGUUAUUUAAGCAAGUAAUUUAAAAUGUUUUUCCGUGCGUGAAGUAAGUCUUGCAUUGUGUGCGCUACUACGAAUUUUUAACGUCUUCACAUUUUAUUUGUGACAUGAUCCUGAUAUUACAAUUGUGUAAUUUGUCGACGGAUGCAUUUGGAGUAUCACACGAAGAAAACAGGAUUUCUCAGGAUGCAAUCUUUCACGAACUUACUUUUGGCGAACAUGUGCUUUGCCCAACUGCCCUUAGCUGUGUUCUUCAGCCCGUUCAGAUUUGUGUAUUCUCUCAACAGCGACUUGUACUUCGGCAAAUCCUACUGCCGCUUUAGCAACUUCGUAGCCAACAUGUCGGUGGCAGUCACAGCCAUCACACUCAGCAUUAUUUCCGUAGAGCGAUUCCUGGCGAUAGUGUGGUCUAUUAAUACACGGAUGCCAAAGAAAAUCACUCUUCUUAUGAUCAUUUCCUUCUGGGUCGCAGGCUUCGCCAUAGGAGUGCCGUCGGCAGUGAACUUCAGUACAAUCAUCCACAAGGAUAACGGGACCACACGCACAGGCUACGUCCUCACGUGGGUAGACGGAGAUCCCUCGAAUUCGUCGCUGGACCACACGUACAACGUCGCCAUGCUACACAUGGCGUACGUAGUGCCGAUUUGUAUCAUGGCCGUGUGCUGCAGCAGUAUAGCGAUCAAACUUUGGUUCAGUCGCUCCAGCGGCCAGCCGACCCAGCGAGAAAUUGACAUCAUGCAUUACAAAAAGAAGGAAUUUAUCAUGCUCGUCAGUAUGAUGAUGGUCUUUGCAACGUUCACACUCCCAUAUCACCUACUCAACAUUUAUACGGGCUACGAUCCAGCUAAGCAGAACAGCGCACAUGCCAAGCACCUUAACCUGACAGUUAACUGGUUGGUCGGGUUUCCUGCCGUGGUUAACCCGAUGCUAAACUUAUGGAUGAAUUCAAGGUACUCUAGUUUACCUAAGACUAAGUUGACUGCAGUUCUUAAAGCUCUAGUGACUACAACGUGAACAAUGAAAUUGUUC